UUUUUUUUUUUUUUUUUUUUUUUUCUCUCUCUUUUUGUUCUCUGCUUCCUUAAUUGCGGUUCUUGACAGGACGACUUACCUAAUACGUCUUCUUCUAGGCACUCCGCAGGAACAUACGACGCAGAAUCAGACACGGGCGGCUCAAAUGGCGCCGGCAUGCGAUAUGAAGCGGAGGGUGGCGACCCCGCGAACGCCGGUCUUCAGCACGGCCGGGCCUUCUUAGAACCAGUAAAGGAGAAGCACCCUUGGAUCACAUACGCGGACUUGUGGACACUAGCAGGUGUGGUUGCGGUCAAGGAGCUGGGCGGACCCGAAGUUGAAUGGAAGCCAGGCCGCACAGAUUUGGUCGACGACUCGAAGGUGCCGCCACGGGGCCGUCUGCCCGACGGCGCCCAGGGAGCCGACCAUCUGCGCUUUAUCUUCAACCGGAUGGGGUUCAACGAUCAGGAGAUUGUCGCGUUGGCGGGAGGACACAACUUGGGCCGCUGCCACAUGGACCGGAGCGGAUUCCACGGUCCCUGGGUGAACAACCCGACACGAUUCUCGAACCAGUUCUACAAGCUGCUCCUGAAGCUCGAGUGGACGCCCAAGACGCUGGAGAACGGAGUCAAGCAGUUUGUGUAUGUGGAUCCUGAUGCGGAGGAAGGCGAUGACCAGCUGAUGAUGCUGCCUACCGAUGUUGCGUUGACGACGGAUCCGAAAUUCCGCUACUGGGUGGAGAAGUAUGCCGAGGACAAGGAUCUGUUCUUCGACCACUUCGCGAAGGUGUUUGCCAAGCUGGUUGAGCUGGGGAUUCAGCGGGAUUCGAAGGGAGCUGUCGUUAACACCGACAAUGUCAAGGGAGGAUAUAUUUCGGCGCCGAAGAAGAGCAAUACCCCAACUGGACUGUCGAAGGGACCAAGUGGCGGCGGUUGUCCCCGGGCCAGGCUGUAGAUUUCUGUUUUGUGUUUGUUAAUUCCCUGUACAUAGAUACUACAUCGGACAUAGAGAACCGGCCGUUCAAUAGAUUUAGAAGAUUGCGACACGUA